CCGUCCCGUCCCGAGCCGAGCGAACCCGGCCCGGCUCGGCCGCGGAAGGAGAACGAGAAGGAGGAGGAGAAGGAGGAGGAGGAGGAAAAGGAGGAGGAGGCGGCGGCGGUGGCGGUGCUUCCCCCUCCCUCCCUCCCUGCCCGGCGGGACAAAGGGCUGCGGCGCGCAGGAGCCAUGGGCCGGGGGCCGCCGCGGUAGGAGCAUCCCGGGGCCGGCGGGGACGCGGCACUGGACAUGGAGCCGGCGGCGCGGGCCAGCGGGGAUAUCCUGAGGCGGAACCCGCAGCAGGACUACGAGCUGAUCCAGCGGGUGGGGAGCGGCACCUACGGCGACGUGUACAAGGCUAGAAAUCUUCAUACAGGAGAACUGGCUGCUGUAAAAAUAAUCAAGUUAGAGCCUGGAGACGACUUCUCACUGAUCCAGCAAGAGAUAUAUAUGGUUAAAGAAUGCAAACACUGCAACAUAGUCGCCUAUUUUGGGAGUUAUCUCAGCCGUGAGAAGCUGUGGAUAUGCAUGGAAUACUGUGGUGGGGGAUCCCUCCAGGACAUUUACCAUGUAACAGGACCUCUGUCAGAGUUGCAAAUUGCUUAUGUGUGCAGAGAAACUCUACAGGGUCUUGCUUAUUUACACAUGAAGGGCAAAAUGCACAGAGAUAUAAAGGGUGCAAACAUUCUCCUCACAGACCACGGAGAUGUUAAAUUGGCUGACUUUGGGGUAGCAGCAAAAAUAACAGCCACUAUUGCAAAGAGGAAAUCCUUUAUUGGCACCCCUUACUGGAUGGCCCCCGAGGUGGCGGCGGUGGAGAAGAACGGGGGGUACAACCAGCUGUGCGACAUCUGGGCCGUGGGCAUCACUGCCAUCGAGCUGGCAGAGCUGCAGCCACCCAUGUUCGACCUGCACCCCAUGAGGGCUCUGUUUUUAAUGUCAAAAAGUAAUUUUCAACCACCAAAGCUCAAGGAAAAAGCAAAAUGGUCAGCAACAUUCCAUAAUUUUGUCAAAAUAGCACUUACAAAAAACCCAAAGAAGAGACCGACAGCAGACAGACUUCUCACUCACAGCUUUGUAGGGCAGCCUGGUCUCUCCAGGUCUUUAGCAGUUGAGCUGUUGGACAAAGUCAACAACCCCGAGAACCACACCCACUACGGGGAAGUCGACGACGACGAUUUUGAGCCUCACUCCGUGAUCCGCCACACCAUCCGCUCCACCAACAGGAACAUCCGGGCAGAGAGAACAGCAUCAGAGAUCAACUUUGAUAAGCUGCAGUUUGAGCCCCCUCUACGGAAAGAAACAGAAGCUCGGGAUGAAAUGGUUGUGGCAGCUGGCAGUGACUUUGCUUCACAUUGGAAUCCUUUUGUUGAUGGAAACAACAAAUCGACACUAAAGCGAGCUGGGCCACCCCCACUGCCUCCCAAGCCGAGGAUGAACAAUUACCCUGAGGAGAACCUCCCUGAUGACAACAGAUGCCAGACCAUAAAACACUUCCCAGAGUCCCAGAGCAGAGCCCCAGCAGCCCACAGGAGACAGAGCAUCCCAGUCUGUGGGCCCCAGGCUGAUUCCUGCCCCGUGGGGAUGACCAGCAGCAUCAGCAGCCCUGGACUGCUCACAGCCAGAUACAGCGACCUGGGCAAUGGGAAUGGGAUGCUGAAACACAUCGAGGAGAACGCAGAAGGACCUGGACAAAUCCCUCAGCUGCCACGGAAAAAGGAGAAGAGAGAUUUCCCUAAACCAGCAAUCAAUGGUUUGCCUCCGACUCCGAAGGUGCUGAUGGGAGCCUGUUUUUCCAAAGUCUUUGAUGGUUGUCCUUUGAAGAUUAAUUGUGCAACUUCAUGGAUACAUCCAGAUACUAAAGAUCAGUACAUCAUCUUUGGCACAGAAGAAGGGAUCUACACUCUGAAUUUGAAUGAACUUCACGAAGCAACCAUGGAGCAGUUAUUUCCUCGAAAGUGCACCUGGCUGUACGUUAUCAACAACACCUUAAUGUCCCUGUCAGAAGGGAAAACAUUCCAGCUGUACUCCCAUAAUUUAAUAGCUUUGUUUGAACAAGCCAAAAAAACAGGAUUAGCUGCUCAUAUUCAGACCCACAGAUUUCCUGACAAAAUAUUACCCAGGAAAUUUGCCUUAACAACCAAGAUCCCUGACACAAAAGGAUGCCACAAAUGCUGUAUAGUACGAAAUCCAUACACAGGCCACAAGUACCUGUGUGGUGCAUUGCAGUCAGGAAUUGUCCUGCUCCAGUGGUAUGAGCCAAUGCAGAAAUUCAUGUUAAUAAAGCACUUUGACUUCCCCCUGCCCAGCCCCCUGCACGUGUUCGAGCUGCUGGUGAUCCCGGAGCAGGAGUACCCCAUGGUGUGCGUGGCCAUCUCCCAGGGCACCGAGCCAAACCAGGUGGUGCACUUCGAGACAAUCAACCUCAACUCUGCCUCCUCCUGGUUCACUGAGAUCGGGGCAGGCAAUCAGCAGUUGGAUGCCAUUCACGUGACACAGCUGGAGAGAGACACUGUCCUGGUCUGCCUGGACAAAUUUGUGAAAAUAGUGAAUUUACAAGGGAAAUUGAAGUCAAGCAAGAAGUUGGCUUCUGAGCUGAGCUUUGAUUUCUGCAUCGAGUCAGUGGUGUGCCUUCAGGACAGCGUGCUGGCCUUCUGGAAACAUGGCAUGCAGGGCAAGAGCUUCAAGUCAGAUGAAGUGACCCAGGAGAUAUCUGAUGAAACCAGGGUUUUCCGCCUGCUGGGCUCAGACAGAGUGGUUGUGCUGGAGAGCAGGCCCACAGAAAACCCCACAGCUCACAGCAACCUCUACAUCCUGGCUGGACAUGAGAACAGUUACUGAGCAGCACUCGCCCCCAGAGAGCAGAGGGAAUUGGCCACGCUGGGACCCAGGAGCGCCGGGAAACCGGGACUUGCUGCUUCUUGUCUGACACCCGAGUUGUGCUGGUUUUUAGGGUGGGAAUCAAUCCAUUUUUGCAGCUGGGAACAGCUGGUUCUGUCUCUUGCCACUGUGUGGUUGGUUAUGUCGAGUUUGCUUAAUAAAAGCUGAGAUAAAGA